AUGCACGCGCCAAAGAGGCCAUACAGCAGCGAGGCUGGCCCGCCUCGUCGCGUCGUGUCGAGAACAGGCACACCCGCAUCAAGGCCGCCUUCAGGCAGGCCACCCAGUAGCUCACGCCGAACGUCGCCAGCCCGAUCUCUGUCUGGACAUGGUCAGCGACGGGUGCAUCGAUACGAUUCCAAUCGUUCCGUGGCAUCAGCAGCGUCAAGCGUCACUCUCCGUGGCGAUGCACCCAGUCGGCAUGGAGUGCUGUCCAGGCGUCAGCAUCUAUCAGGACGAGAACAUCUGUCGGCACGCGAAGAAAGUGUUGCUGCCACCACUGAACCGCCUUCGGACGACUUUGGUGACGACGACGAUACGGCACAAGAAGUGGUCAUGGCCGUACAUGUCACCGAUCAAGGCUCAGUUGGCUGUGUCUACUACGUGGCGCGUGAGCACAAGCUAUACUUCAUGGAAGAUGCUCAAUUAGGCGGUGCUGACGUUGUUGACUUGCUACGACUGUACAUCGACCCGACGACUAUCUUGACAUCAACCAAAUGCAAUGACGAGGUCAUUGACCGCCUUGAUCCGGACAUCAGGAACCAGGGUGCGUCUGAUGAUGGCAGAAGUGACCAAACACGGCUACCUUACCUGCUUGAGUGCCGUCCUAACGCAGAGUUCAACUAUGAUUCUGCCAGAAACAAACUGGUCAACUUGCGCAUAGGUCAAGAGGAUGGCCCGAGCCUGACCUAUGUCGUGCCUGGCGAUGUCGUUGCCGAGGAAGAAUACCAUGAUCUUCGACAGGAUGCUGGAUUCGCUGGCCGCCACGCGCAGCUGCUGCGACUGUCUGGCUGGGUCAACAUGGAGAGCCGGUUGACUGUAAGUUGUGCUGGCGCCGUCCUUUCCUAUCUACAGCGCCGACGAGCCACUGCCUACCUUCCAGGAGAUCGUGAGGCCGACGCUCUGUUUCGUAUUGGCACAGUGGAAAUGUUUAGCUUGAAGGAUUCCAUGUUCAUCAACUCAGAUACCAUGAGCUCACUUCAGAUAAUGUCGACCGAGUCUCACCCAAACGCACAACAACACGGCCCAGCUGGGAAUCAGAACAGCUCCGGAGGCUCAAAGGAAGGACUGUCGGUAUAUGGACUGUUCCACCAGCUGGCCAAGACCUCACACGGCAGACUGUUGCUGCGACAGUUCUUCUUGCGUCCCAGUCUCAACAUGGACGUAAUCAAGGAGCGUCACGAGACGAUUGCUGUCUUCACCGACCCCGAGAAUGCAGUCAGUUUGGAAUGCUUAGUCAAGGAGUUGGCCAUGGUGAAGAACAUGCGCACCGCCACCACCAACUUGCGGAAGGGUAUCAACAGUAGCCCCACGAGGCAAGGCAGAGGUGGUAUCGCGACUUCUGUCUGGUUCAGUCUACAUCGCUUCAUGUUUUCGGCUCUCGAGAUCUCGGAUUUGCUCGCUGGUAUGCGAAAUGCUGGCCACCUUGCUAUCAGCUCGAAAAUUGCGGAGCGGUUUGACAGACAGCAAUAUGCAGCGAUCGGCCAGCUCAUCGUAGACACGAUCGACUUCGACGAGUCCAAGUCGUCACGCCGAACAUUCGUGAAGCACGGUGUCGAUGAGGAGCUUGAUGAAGCUCGGCGAACGUAUACCGGCAUCGAAGACAUGCUGUCUGAGAUCGCUACUCACGUAGCUCGUGACGUUCCACUGAAUCUGAAGCGCGACAUCAACGUCCUGUUCUUCCCGCAGAUCGGCUUCUUAAUCAGCUUGGAGAAGGAGGAGGAUACUGUGGCCACAUACUGCGGCCCCCCAGAUGAGCCAUGGGAGAAGAUGUUCUCUUCGCUGAGCGCGGCGUAUUUCAAGAACCCGGACAUGAUUGAGCUGGACGAGCGUUUCGGCGACAUCUAUGGACACAUCCUAGACAUGGAGCUGGAGAUUGUCCAGAACCUAGCGCAACGCGUUCUAGAGUGUGAACAUCUGAUCAAUGCGACCUCCGACAUGUGCGGCGAGCUCGAUAGCCUGGUCGCACUGGCUCGUGGCGCGAAGCAGUACAAUCUCGUUCGGCCAAGAAUGACACACGACAACAUCAUCAAGAUCAAACAAGGCCGGCAUAUCUUGCAAGAACUCACCGUCCCCGGCUUCAUCGCAAACGACACGCUACUGGUCGGUGGCCAAAGCAACGACGGAGAAGAGCGUCGACAACGCAUGAUCCCCUACCAAGCUCAGAUCGACCAAUCCCAGAUCAUCCCCGACCGCUCACGGAUAGGUCCCAGCAUGCUCAUGCUAACAGGCCCCAACUACUCCGGCAAGAGCGUCUACCUCAAGCAAGUAGCUCUAAUCGUCUACAUGGCCCACAUUGGCAGCUUCAUCCCAGCCACGGAUGCCAAGAUCGGCCUGACAGACAAGAUCCUGACCAGAGUCUCCACGAAAGAGAGCGUCUCCAAGAUCCAAAGCUCCUUCAUGAUCGACCUACAACAGGCCUCUGUAGCAGUCGCGCACGCGACGCGUCACAGUCUCAUCAUCAUUGACGAGUUUGGCAAGGGGACCGAGUCCUACGACGGAGCAGGUCUUGCGGCAGGCGUUUUCGAGCACUUCCUCCAGCGUGGUGAUGAGUGCCCGAAAGUACUCGGAGCUACGCAUUUCCACGAAAUCUUUGAGACGGGUUUCCUGGCGCCACGGCCGAGUCUCGCGUUUGCGCACAUGCAAGUGCAGGUCGAUACUGAUGCUGAGGACGUUGAGAGUCAGGUGACGUUUCUGUACAAUCUUUGUCUGGAGCGGAGCACAUCUAGCUUUGGCACGAGCUGUGCGGCGAUGAAUGGGAUUGACAAGAGGGUUGUAGAUAGAGCUGAGGAGCUUAUUCUGCUUGCUGCUCGGGGAGAAGAUCUCGUGGAGGCAUGCUCGCAUCUGUCGACCAAGGAGAUGGGGGAUCUGAAGGAAGCGGAGGACACUGCUCGGGACUUCCUUGCGUGUGACGAUUAUGAGAAUCCUCGCGAGAUCCUGGAUGCGCUGCUGGCUGGUGGCGAGACUGCUCCUCCCACCGAAGUUGAAGUCGCAUAG